AUGAUGACAAUAAGAUUGACUAUAGCUAGGAGAAACUAUUCACUAUGGUCAGCGUCUGGUGUAACAGUCUCGGACGCGUGCAAGACGACGUACGAAGAGAUCAAAAAAGACAAGAAGCACCGGUACGUCGUGUUCUACAUUCGUGAUGAGAAGCAGAUCGAUGUGGAAACCGUUGGAGAAAGAAACGCCGAGUACGACCAAUUCCUAGAGGACCUACAGAAGGGUGGCACCGGAGAGUGCAGAUAUGGCCUGUUUGACUUCGAAUACACCCACCAGUGUCAAGGCACGUCAGAGGCUAGCAAGAAACAGAAACUGUUCCUCAUGUCAUGGUGCCCAGACACCGCUAAGGUCAAGAAGAAGAUGUUGUACUCUAGCUCCUUUGAUGCAUUGAAGAAAUCGCUCGUCGGCGUUCAAAAGUACAUCCAAGCAACUGACCUCUCGGAGUCGUCUCAAGAGGCUGUCGAGGAGAAACUCCGCGCCACGGACCGUCAAUAA